UGUCAAUCCAGAUAGUGUUCAGCGCAACUGUCAACCACAGACAAAAGCUGCAUCUUCCUGUUGCUGGAAAUGGAUCAGUGUGUGCUGUUUCUUCUGCUCCUACUGAUGGCUAGAAAUGGAUUGUGUCAACAAGAGAAAGUUUGCUCAAAGUCUCUGAUCAACUCCUGUGGUGACUGUAUCAGAUCUGGGCCAUACUGUGUGUGGUGCAAACAGCUGAAUUUCACCAAAGCAGGUGAGCAGGAGGCAGCACGCUGUGAUACUGAAGCUCAGUUAUUAGCGAGAGGCUGUAAGAUGGAAGAAAUCAUCUCCCCUAAGAACAACAUAAGCACUGUCAAGAAAGAGCCUCUAUCCAAGGAAUUCAACAACCAGGAGCCUGUCCAGCUGAGUCCACAGAAAAUUAGUCUGACACUGCGUCCCGGGCUUCCUACCACAUUCAGCGUUUCUUUUAAAAGAGUUCAGGGUUAUCCAGUGGAUCUCUACUACCUGAUGGACCUGUCUUACUCCAUGAAAGAUGACUUGGCAAAUGUUAAAGAACUGGGAAAAGACCUUUUUGCGGCUCUGAGUAAAGUCACUGAACAUGCCCAAAUAGGGUUUGGUGCCUUUGUGGAUAAGACAGUCCUUCCUUACACUAACACCAACAAGGAGAAACUGCAGAAGCCCUGUGAUGAGAACGACCAGCAGUGUCAGGCUGCCUUUGGCUACAGACAUGUGCUUAGUUUGACACCAAAGCAGGAUGAGUUCAAAAAAAAAGUGACAGAGCAGUUCAUUUCUGGGAACUUGGAUUCUCCUGAAGGGAGUCUUGAUGCCAUGAUGCAGGCUGCUGUAUGUCGGGACAAAAUAGGUUGGAGGAACAGUAGCACUCGGCUGAUUGUCCUGACCACGGAUGCUGGAUUUCACAUGGCCGGGGAUGGAAAACUGGCCGGCAUACUGGAACCCAAUGAUGAAGUUUGCCACAUGGAAAACAACCUUUAUACUAAGAGCAAUGAUAUGGACUACCCAUCUGUUGGACAACUAGCUAUGCAGUUGGAAAAAAACAAUAUUCAGCCGAUAUUUGCAGUGACAGAAAACGUGAAGAAUGUGUACAUGCAACUCUCUAAAUUGAUUCCAAAAUCAGAGGUGGGAGUUCUGUCAUCAGAUUCUAAAAAUGUUGUUGAACUGAUAGAAACCGCCUACAAUAGCUUGUCCUCCAAAGUAACUGUGACCCAUGACAAUCUCCCUGACAAUGUAAGAGUUGUCUAUACCCCUAAAUGUGAAAAUGCAGGACCAGCAGUCGACAGCAAAGGGGUUUGUCACGAUGUGCGUGUGGGACAGGAGAUUUCUUUUGACGUCACUGUGACAGCGAGCUCAUGUAUGAUGGACAAGUCUUUCACUAUCAGUCCACUGGGCAUUAAAGACACACUGACAGUGACUUUAUCUACAAACUGUGAGUGUCAAUGUGAAGACCCCAAUAACCAUGACCACUCACACUGCAAUGGCAAGGGAAACGUCACUUGUGGUAUUUGCAGCUGCAGUCCAGGCUAUGUCGGUCAGUCCUGUGAGUGCUCCAUUGGCAGUAAAGACGAGCAGGCCCUGCGAGCUUCCUGUCAGAGACAGAAUGGCACCGAGUGCGAGGGCAGAGGAGACUGUGUAUGUGGCAGGUGCGAGUGCCACACCACAGAGACCGGAAGCAGUUACCAUGGGGACUUCUGCGAGUGUGACGAUGAACACUGUGAAAAGUUCCUGAAUAAACUAUGUGGAGGAAACGGUAAGUGCAACUGUGGCACAUGUGAAUGCUUCCCAGGCUACGAGGGCUCAGCCUGUCAGUGUACGGUGUCUGAGGAGGGCUGUCGUACCCCUAACAACUCAGUGUGCUACGGCAGAGGGACCUGCAAGUGUAACCGCUGUGAGUGUAAGGAGGGAUACAAUCGUCCACACUGUGAGACAUGCCCCAGCUGCCCUGACCUUUGCCAGGCUAAAUUGAACUGCAUUGAAUGCCUCGGCUUUGGGUCAGGUCCCUUAAAAGAAAACUGCAUAGCGAUUUGCCAGAAGAGCAUUGUUCAUGCAGUGGUAGACCAGUUCACUAUACAAAGCAAGCAGUGCCAGCAGAAGGACACAGAGGGCUGCUGGAUCAAAUUUAAGCUGGAGCAGUUGGUUGGAGAGGAUAACUACAGGGCUGAAAUUCUGCAGCAGAGAGACUGUCCGGAACCACCCAGCGUCACAGCUAUCAUCGGAGGUUCCAUUGUGUCUGUGGCUCUUAUCGGCAUCAUUCUGCUGAUGAUCAUCAAGUUAGUCCUCUACAUGAAGGAUCUGAAAGAGUUCCGGAAAUUUGAAAAUGAAAAGAAGAAAGCUAAAUGGGAAAAGGCUACCAACCCACUGUUCCAGAAUGCCACCACAACUGUGGAAAACCCAACCUUUACUGGAGAGUGAGGGCUCCCACUGCAGCACAGCGAGCUGCGCAUCAGACAAAACUCUGCGUAUCUGAGUUUUGUUUCUAUGUUAGAAAGUAUCAUUUGUAAUGCUCAUACAUUUUUGAAAAUGUCCACAUUCACACUUAUUUACCUUUAAUGUUCUUGCUUAUUUUCUUAAUGAUGAAUUUCUGUCAGUUGCAUUUGUUUAAAAAUAUGCACAUUUUUGCUCAUUGCAUGUAACAAUUAUACAAGAAGUAAUGUAAUGUUGUAUAGCUUAUAAUGCAGUUGAUAGUGGUACAGGAUGGUUAGAAUAUAAUCAUGUAUCACAUACAUACACUGAACUCAUAUCAGAAUAUUGCUCCUCAUUUUAUAGUUCAAAUGAAGUUUCUCUUCGUGUGGCACAUUCUUUAAGUGAUUGCUAGAAUUAUUUCUUCUAAAUGUAUGUCUUUAAAAUCAAAUUUGAAGUGGAGCAAAGAUCAGAAAAAUGUGUUCUUAUUUUAAUUGUCACAGUGCUAAAAUAAGAUUUAAAGCUGCAGUAAUCUGUGUUUCUGGUCAACAGACAAUAAUAAAUCCAAUAUAUCACAGUG